CGUCCAGCAGCUCGUAUUUGGCGGCUUCCGGUGACGUCGGAGGUCACCAACAUGGAGGCAGCGUGUGUGCGCGCGGAGCUCCGAUAUCGGGAUGGACAGAGUCAGAGCUUUAGCAUCCGACCCGGAGGCGGCGGCCUGGGCGCUCUGAGGGCCGCGAUCUCCGAGCUCAACCUGAAGGCGUCACAGCUCCUCAGCGAGCUGGUUGACAGUGAGAGAGAGCGCGCGGGCAGCGCGCGAGGCGAUGAAGAUGAAGGUGGUGAGGAAGAGAGCGAUGAAGAGGAUGGGGAGGAAGAGGACGGUUCGAACUCUGACCUGCAGCCUCAAGUUAAAAGAUCCAAAACCAGCUGAAAGUUCGGCUACGAAACAUCAUGUUUUCAUACUUUAUUAAAGUCAUAUUAAAGUUGCCAUGGUAA